ACAAAGGAUCCCAAGCGCCAAAGGAGCGAUCCUAGGAGGGAAUAUAGUCUAUGCCGCCCCCUACCUAGUUUUAGAAUGGGGCGCUUGGUGCACAGAGGGCAGGGGACUUGCCAAGGGGUUCUGGGACUCUUGCUGGAGGAGGGACUUAGGGUGGCGGUCCGAUGGUAGAGGCCAACAAGCGACCCGUCGCGGAGAAACGUUUGCACAGCCAGCAUCCGGAGCUGGAGGAUCUGCAGCAGGAGCUUCCCCCUUACCUGCAGGACCUGCGCUGCGAAGAUGCCAACGUCCUGGUGUGGCACGUGCUCCUCCUGCCUGACCAACCUCCCUACAACCUCAAGGCCUUCAAUCUGUGCAUCGACUUCUCCAAGGAGUAUCCAUUCAAGCCCCCCACGGUGAAAUUCACCACCAAGAUCUAUCACCCCAAUGUGAAUGAGAGUGGACAGGUUUGCCUGCCCCUCCUCAGCAAGGAGAACUGGAAUCCUUACAUCAAGACUUGCCAAGUUUUGGAGGCCCUCAACAUACUGGUGAAUAAACCGAAUCUCCGGGAGCCCCUGCGGCUGGAACUCGCGGACUUGCUGAUACAGGACCCGGAGCUGUUCAGGAAGAAGGCUGAAGAGUUCACCCUCCAAUUUGGCGUGGACCGGCCCUCCUAAUUCUGGGUCUGACCCCUCGUUAUCUUGGAUCCUUUGCUGGUGACGGGCCCCUGAUCCAGCGGGGAUUUUUGCCUGUUGAAGCCCCGGAUGUAUCUCCAGAGCCUGAAAUAGUGCUGGUGCUCAGUAAUCCCUGUCCAUACCUACGAGUGGUCCGCCAUCCACCUGACCACCACUGUCCAACCCUGUGAAUCCAGCCGCUCUUGGGCGGCCCGGGUCCCAUCUGGCCUGCAUCCCGCGGCCGAGGCUUACUCUGCAGUGGAGAAGGCCAGGGUGAAGUUGUGCCGGCGCUUCGUGGGGUCCAGCGCCGCGUAGUCAAAGGCAUCAGGGAAGAACUUGUGGAUGAGCGCGCAGAAGGCCAUGCCGCUGCUCCAGCUGGAGGAGAAAUUCUGGAUAUCCACGUGCUGCGGGCCAGGAGUGGAGAGGCCUGUGACCCUCGGCCCAGAGGCACUGACUCUGCCUCUCUCCCCCUCCCGCUCUUUGGGGUCGGCACCACCACCCUGGGUAGGGUCCCCUGCCUCAGCCAUGGGUCUCCCUCCUGUGCCUACCUCAUAGUUUCUUGUCAUGGCCCGACACCACUCCAACAGCAUGUUCUUGACCCCACCAAUGGCUGCCCCUGCUGCCUUAGUGUUCCGGAACAGGGCAGUGGGGCCCGAGGCUGCCCUGCGCGAGGGGAGGGGUGUACAGGCUCGGCAAGGGCCCCGCUGGGAGGCGCCCCAGCACCCAGAUGUCAGUCCUCCUGCCCUGGCCUGGGCUGUUCCCACCAGCCCUCAGGCCUACUGCCUCCACCCCUCCCCUGGAUCCGAGGGCAAGCCCAGCUCCCACCUGCAUCCUACCCGCCAAACUUGUCCACAAUGGCUUUGCGAUUCUGUGCACGGGGUCCCCGGGGCCGGGUUGGGACUGACACCCUGCGCUCCGGUGCCUUCUCCUUCUUCUUCUCCCCUGAAGGAGGGGACUCCGUGGGACUCUGGGGCACAUCGCUGGGUGAAGACUCACUACAUGCAGGGGUCAGAAGUAUGAGAGGAGUUAGGGUCACCAGUGCAGGUCACAGGGCUGGGUAGGGGUCACAGCCAUCUAACAGGCAAGUGCAGCUGUGGUGUCUGUAGUGAGCGUACACUCACCCUGUACCCAGCACUUGGAGGGGAUGAGAAGGAAUAAAGAGGCUCCAUCUAACUUUGGGAAACAUGUGGUCUAGUGAGGCCGCGUGGGCAGACAUCUGAGAUCUGAUCUGAGUUUGGAUCCUGGCUUUGCUUUUAUUUGCUGUGUGAUCUUGAGACUGUCACAUCACUUCUCUGAGCUUCAGCUUCCCCAUCUGUAAAAUGGGGAUAAGAAUACCUACUGACAAGGCGACCAUAAGGCCUGCACAAUAAGGAGAAUGGAAAGCACCUGGAGUGCCCGCCACUCAGCUGCACGACUGCUCUGAAUGUUCUGAUUAUCUUUCCUCACGAAAGGGUCGAGGAGGUGGAUUUCUGUGGGGUACAAAGGAAGAUUCUUCUAGUGACUGGGGUUGUGCAGUGCAAGUGCAUCCGCCAUGCUAAAGCCUCACACUCAUGUCAUGUAAGCCUCACAAUAAUCCUGUGAGGUCUUUACAAUCAUUAUGACCACUUCACAGAUAAGAGGAGUUAGGUGACGUGGCCAAGGUCACACAGUUGGUAGUGUAGAGCCAUUGUCCGAAGUCGGGCUUUCUGACCAUGCUCUGGUGGAUGACGCUGAUGCCAUGGAAACGGGGCAGUGUAAAACAAGGAGCUCCUAUGAAGAGUCAGGGAUGCUGCGGGGCAGCCCUCGGCUCUGGAGUGGAAGGCGGGCCACGUGUCCCUCAUGCUUCAUUCUUGGGCUCUGCAAUGCCAGGAAUCCUGGAAUAGCUUGAAAUCAGGUGCUGGAGGCCCAGACAGACUUUGAAGGGAGCAGGAUGUAGGGGCAGCUGGAGCUGCAGCCCCAGAGCUUGACCUUACCUGGCGGAAGGACUGGUCUCUCCAGAAGCUGCAGAGUCUGGACCCAAUCCA